GAGAUCAUCGAUCUGACCUGCGAGGACACGAGCACAGACCCAGCGCCGUGGAGCAGCCUCACCAUUAUCGACCUGACAGAGGACACAUGCAGCCCGUCCCGAAGCCCUCCCCACGCUGCUGGCUGGGCUGAUCAGGACCCCAGGCAGGUGCCUGCUACCCCAGCAGCACACAUGUCCCAUCCCCGGCUCUGCUCCACCACAACACAAGAAACGGAGGCGGUGGCGGGGCCAAGCCCUGCAGCACCCUGGCACAGCACUCCCUCGGAGCCCGAUGCCACCACAGACACAGCAGAAAGUGCGGAAAACUGGAGCCGCCUCUCUCCCACCUCCAGCCGCCACAGCUCCUCCUGCAGCCCAGAGCAGAACUGCAGCACCACCACUUUUAACAGUGACUUGGGCUCGCUGGCCAGCAUGCAGCUGGACUCGGACCUGCUGUCCCUGUCCCCCUCCAGCCUGGACAGCAGCAGCAGCUGGAGAGCCGGUGGCCCAGAGGAAGAGACUCCCCACCUCUGCCAGAAAAGGGAGCUGCCCCCGAGGCUGAGCCCUGUCCCAGCCAUCCCCACAACCCCAGGGAAGGCCCAAGGGCCUUUGCUGAAAGCGAGUGACUUACCGCCACACAAAGCAAUCCAGCAAGUGACCUCAGCCAGGACCAAGGCUGACAGCAAGGCCUGGCUGAACAAACUGCACUAUUUCAGGAGGAGUGGAGUCCAGCACCUCUUCCUCCAAGGCGUAGCACCCAACAGGGAAACACAGCAGGUAAAUGGGCGGAAACCUGAGCUCAUCCCCAGCGGGAAGCUGAGCAUGGUGCACACCACCAUGGAGGAGAACUUCCUGGAGGGCACCUUGCAUUUCCUGAGCGAGUUCGUCUCCCGCCAGCACUGUCCCCCCAAAGAAAUCAUCUCCCACCUGAUCAGACAGAUCCUGUUGAACCCCCACCAAGGGGAGAUCCUGAAGGACACCUACAUGCUGCUGAUGAAGAUCCAAAUGCUCCAUCCAGCCAACGCCGCCACGGUGGGAUGGGACUGGACACUGCUGAAAUACAUCAUGGAGGACCAGGAGAAGCCCCCCGGCCGGCUCCUCUUCCUGCAGUAUGUGGUGCAGACCCUGGAGGACGACUUCCAGCAGAACCUGAGGUUGCGCCUGCUGCAGAAGUCAAUUGCCAAGAAAGUGCUUUCAUGUGACACGUGCUUCAACAAUGUCAAGGAGGUGGUCGAAUGGUUGGUUGCAGCAGUUACAGGAGUCAGGUUCUCCCAGCCCCAGGAGCAGCCGCAAGAGAUUACAUCCUCUUCAGCAGAAGCAAGGGCUGAACGCAGCUCAUCUGCACCAUGGGUGGCCAGCACUGACCAGGCAGAGGUGGCUCCACCAGCUUUCUUUGCCCAAAAGGUGAUUCUCCUGCUCCAGCGGAUGUUGUCCAUCGCGGUGGAAGUGGACAAAUCUCCCAACUGCAGCUCCUGUAAGAUCGCAGAUGUGAUAUUCCCAUUUAUACUGAAUAUUCCCCUGAGGAGCCAAAGGGAAGCUUUCUUAAACACCAUGGAGAGCCAGCUCCUGCGCUGCAAACUGCUAGAGCUGUUGUUCCAGCAUAGUUGUGAUGUGCCCACGACCUUGCCCUUGUCUCUGGCCAAGAUCCUGUACUUCCUGAGCCACUCCUCUGUGCUGCUGCAAUACCAGGAUGAAACAGCAACAUGGCAAAGAUGGGAUGAGAUGGUUCAGUACUUGAGUUUGCUGCUGAUGAGUUACCAAAAUGUAAUACUGGAGCACUUGCGGAGCUCACUCAAUGACCGUAUGGACUUGAUCAUUCAGAAAGCCAAGCCCAAGCUCCAGGAUGGAGAUGACAUCAGCCAUCUGGACAUUCAGCUGAAGAUAGAGGACUUCAUCAGCCGAAUGCAGCAGGUCCUGGGGCAGCCUUUUCCCCUGCAGAUCAUGAAGAAAUUGUGCAUGCUUCGGGAGUUGUUCCUCAUUGUCACUGCUACCUGA